AUGUCCAAAUCCGACCUCGAAGAUAGCUCCGGCUCUGAUACGAAUGUCGCGACCGAGGCACUAGCGAAAAAGCCUACAGUAUGGCAACGAUUCAAGACACAUAUGAAGAAAUGGUGGUGGGUGUAUUUGAUAGCAUUCUGCUGCAUUGUUCUUGUAACUGUGCUUCCGCUUCUCUACGUGGGCAUCCCUCAUUUUGCCAACGACUAUAUCAACAAGUAUCAAUUCGACUAUGACGGAAUCGCGAUUACCAACCCACGGCCAACUUCAUUCCGCGUUAGCAUGUCGAAGAAGAUCAGUAUGGGAGGUGGAUUCAGUGGCAGCGGCCACUUGACGGCAUUCAAUGCAAGCAUUCGAGUCCCGUCCAGCAACGAGGAAUUCGCCCUGUUCCCGGUGCCCCAGAUUGAUUUUAAGAAUGGCGCGGACAUCAAUAUUGAUCAAGACCUUGACUUGUCGUGUGUGGAUUGUCUCUCCAAGUUGGCCGUUGCGGCCGCUACGAACGAAAGCUUUGGUGCGUUGGUUACGGGCGAUCCGGACUUGAAGUUCGGUGCGCUUCCAACUGCUCACUUGAAUAUUCAUAAGACGAUGAAUAUGAAUGGUUACAAUGUCACCGAUUUCGUCAACUCACAAGGCGCAUUCAACAUCACAAGCCUGGAGCUCUUAAAUCCAACAGUAGACGGAUUUAACUUCAACGCCACACUCGCCCUCAGAAACCCGACCCCGUUUACCGUGGAGAUGGGCCAUGUCACCUUCAACCUUAGCUUGGCCGGCUCAAAUCUAGGAUACGUGGAUAUACCAAACCUGACGCUCCAGCAGGAGAACACCACAGCCAUCGUCCUCGGAAAUGUCGACGAGUCGAUGCUCAUUCAGGAAUUUGUAUGGGGCGAUGGUGAUAGCGGCGACGUCACGAUUGGUGUCAAAGGGCACAGUUGCGCCUAUAAUGGGGUGGAAAUUCCGUACUUUGCUGCGGCUAUUAAAGCUGUUGAUGCCUCGGCUAUCGUUGAUCUGCUAAAAUACGUUAAACUACUGACAUAG